GGUGAGAGUGCAGUUUUUUGCUCCAAUAUCAAGAGAUUUUGCAAUGCACCUUAAUACUUACUAACGGAAAGGAAAAAUGAUUCAAGGACUCAUGAAAAUUACUCGUAAGCCCAAACCUAAGGUGCAAGAAAAAUGGAGAGGUUGGAUGAUGGUAAAAGGAAGUAAGGCCCGAACCCAACAGUGUUAAUCUGGUAAGCCUUUUUCGGAUUAGCAUGAAGCCCAAACCACAUAGCCGGAACGGUGUUGCCCCGUAAAUUGAGGCAGCGAAGGUUCCUUCCCGUCCACAGUUGAUACUUGAUAGUUCCAUUCCGUCAUCAGAUUCAUACAGUCAUAUCUAACUGCAUACAAGACAACAUCUUUGUCUGUUUGAGUCGGCAUCAAAAAAGCUUUGAGUGCUAGCUGCGUCCAUGAGUUUGUUGAAGUUGAAGGCGGUCCCUGACCCUGACUCGAAUCCUAACGACAACGCUAAAAAGACCCAAACGAUCGAUCUUGGAAACGGGAGUGAAGUAGUUUACGUGCCCAGGUUUGUAGCCUACGACGAUGGCUGGGAAUUCUUCAAUUACCUCGACAAACACAUUCCUUGGACAAGGCCCACCCUACGCGUCUUUGGUCGAUCUUGCCUCCAGCCAAGAGACACAUGUUAUGUUGCGACUGCAGGAUUGCCUGACUUGAUUUAUAGUGGAUAUCAGCCACAUGCUUAUUCUUGGGAUGACUUCCCCCCACUUAAGGACAUCUUGGAUGCCGUCCAUAAAAUGCUACCUGGGACUAGAUUUAAUAGCUUGCUUUUAAAUCGGUAUAAAGGGAGUAAUGACUACGCAGGCUGGCAUGCUGAUGAUGAGAAGCUUUAUGGAUCAACCCCAGAAAUUGCUUCUGUUUCCUUUGGAUGUGAACGUGAAUUUUUCUUGAAGAAGAAAAGCCGUAAGUCGUCCCAAGAAAGAUCUGAUGAAGGACCUCCAUCGAAGAGGCUUAAGAAAAGCAACAACGUUGAUCAGCACUGCUUUAGACUAAAGCAUGGAUCACUGUUGGUCAUGAGAGGGUACACUCAGCGUGACUGGCUACACUCUGUGCCUAAGCGUGCCAAGGCAGAGACAACUCGAAUUAACCUCACCUUUAGGCAUGUUCUUUGAUGUCAGGAUUGGAGGAAAAUGGUUAUAUAUGCCCAUGCCCUGCUGUUAAAAUUUUGUAUCAAUAACUCACAAUGAAAUUUUGGGUAGGAAGGAACUAAACCUGCACUUUGUAAUCAAGGUCUGUAAUGUAUGGUAUAGUUCUGGUUGUAUGAACAGGGGAAUACUUAAGAACAUGACAAGGGUAUUAAUUAAGGCGUUCAAACCUUGAAGACGCCCAUCAGUAUCUUAUGCA